UGCACUCGGCACUUCAGUCACUCUACUUCCGCUUCCUCUAAAGUCAGCUGAUUUAAUCGGGUGACUGUUGACACCAAUCGCACCGAGGCUAGAACAUUUAAACAAAAAAUGGCUUCUUUGCUUUUCUGCGGUCCUAAACUGGCAGCAUGUGGACUGGUCCUGAGCAUUUGGGGUGUCAUUAUGCUGGCAAUGCUGGGGAUUUUUUUCACCACACAUUCAGCUGUGCUCAUAGAGGAUGUUCCUUUCAAAGAUACAGACAUGGAGGACGGGCCAAAUGCACUGCAAAACAUCUAUGGUUUGUACAACCAAGUUGGAUACAAUUGCUUCAUCGCAGCAGCAAUCUACGUUGGCAUUGGAAUCCUGUCAUUUUGUCAAGUUCGCCUGAACAAGCGCAAGGAAUAUCUGGUGCAUUAAUACCACCUAGUUAUUGGAGUAUUACUCUACCUCUAAAUUCCUUAGUUGUCCUUGUAUUUACUAAUGCUGCAUUUGCCUUAAAAAUGAAGCCUUAAAUGAGUGUAGAUAUUUAAGUUUGAAUGAUGAUCUAUUUUACUGUGCUUUUCUUUAUCGCCUUUCUAUCUUGAAGCCUAUCAUAAAAUUAUCAUGUGUGCGCUUAUUCAUUAUGAUUAUGUGGUACCUCCCCAAUUUGACUUUUAUAGUCCUCUUUUGAUCAGUAGACCAACCAGACAUAAAUAAAAUAUUUAAUUGUGAUUUUAUUUAUACUUAAACACCUAUCAUAUAUUAAUUCUGUUUAAGUAAAUGUUGAUUGGAAUUUUACAUGGUCACAAUGGUUCUGUUGUUGCAAUAAAUGACUCAAGAUUUU